CUUGUUGCGUACCCGGCGAACGAGGACCUAUCGGAGAUACUGGUCUGCCGGGUUUGCCAGGUAAUCCAGGCCCUGACGGAGCACCAGGCCGACCAGGCGCCACACCGAACGCAUCAUGUAUUCCGGAACGAGUCUUCGAACCACCACCAUGUCUACCGUGUCCGCAAGGGCCUCGCGGCUUGCCGGGACAUCCUGGAUUCCCAGGUGAUCCUGGAGAUGCAGGCAUUGCCGGACGACCUGGACUGGAUGGUCUCCCAGGAAAGCCAGGCGAAGACGGUCCACCAGGCCCGCCUGGUCCAG